GGAGGGUGUAGCUGCUGCAGUCAUGGCUCCCAGACCGCGUAUACCAGUGCAAUACUAAAAAAAACUUGAAAAGAAAUGCAUUGUUCAUGUUUAAAACCGAGAAGUGCGAUUUUAGGAUCCAUAUUUACAGUUUCAGAUUAAAACCGUAGCUUUAUUUUUCUCUCCCUUAAACGCGAGCGAGCUAUGGAUGCGCAGGUUACAAACCAUUGCAGCAUCAAGUCUGCAGCGAAAGCGAGCAGCCCGCAGAAUGCAGCUGAAAGCCGCAUCGAAAACGCACCGAAGAAGAAAUCCCGCACGAGAAGAGGCAGAAGAGGAAAGCGACGGAGGGGCAAGAAGGCCAACGAGCCCCCGCCGUUUCUGCCACCGGAGGCUGAAGAGGGAAACAUUGAAUACAAGUUGAAGCUGGUGAACCCCACGCAGUAUCGGUUCGAACACUUGGCCACGCAGUUGAAGUGGCGACUGCAGGAGGGCCGGGGGGAGGCCGUGUAUCAGAUUGGGGUGGAGGAUAAUGGUCUGCUGGUUGGACUUACAGAAGAAGAUAUGAAAGCCUCACUCAAGACACUUCGCAGAAUGGCUGAGAAGGUUGGAGCCGAUAUCACGCUCCUGAGAGAUAGAGAAGUGGACUGCGAUAGAGCUCGACGGAAAAUCGCUGAAGUUCUUGUGCGGAAAGUUCCAGAUGACCAGCAGUUCCUGGAUCUCCGUGUGGCUGUUCUGGGUAACGUGGAUUCAGGCAAAUCAACUCUUCUGGGUGUGCUGACUCAGGGCGAGCUGGAUAACGGACGGGGCAGGGCCAGACUCAACCUCUUCAGACACCUGCAUGAGAUUCAAACGGGACGGACAUCCAGCAUCAGUUUUGAGAUCCUGGGCUUUAACAGCAAAGGAGAAGUCGUAAACUACAGUGACUCUCGCACAGCAGAGGAGAUCUGUGAGAGCUCUUCUAAGAUGAUCACUUUUAUUGACCUGGCUGGUCAUUAUAAGUACUUGAAGACCACAAUAUUUGGCCUGACAAGCUACUGCCCAGACUUUGCCAUGCUGGUGGUGGCAGCCAAUACUGGCAUUGCUGGCACAACAAGGGAGCACCUGGGUUUGGCGAUGGCGCUGAAGGUGCCCAUAUUCAUUGUGGUGAGUAAGGUGGACCUCUGCGGUAAAAGCACGGUGGAGAAAACGGUCCGCCAGUUGGAGAGAGUGCUCAAACUGCCCGGAUGCAACAAGGUCCCCAUGGUGGUGUCCAACCCUGAUGAUGCCGUCACGGCUGCACAGCAGUUCGCACAAUCCUCCAGUGUGACGCCCAUCUUCACCCUCUCCAGUGUGUCUGGGGACAAUCUGGACCUUCUGAAGGUCUUUUUCAACAUUCUUCCGCCUCUGAGCAACAGCAAGGAGCAAGAGGAGCUCAUGCAGCAGCUCACAGAAUUCCAGGUGGAUGAGAUUUACAGUGUUCCUGAUGUAGGGACGGUAGUCGGAGGUACACUGUACAGUGGUGUGUGUCGUGAAGGAGACCGGCUGGUCGUGGGUCCCACUGAUGAUGGCCGGUUCCUGAGGUUGAAGGUGUGCAGUAUUCACAGGAAUCGCUCCGGCUGCCGCGUGCUGAGAGCCGGACAGGCCGCCACUCUUGCACUCGGGAACUUCGAUCGCUCGUUACUACGAAAGGGCAUGGUCAUGGUGAGCCCCAAAAUGAACCCUACUAUUUGCUGGCAGUUUGAGGCUGCAAUAGUCCUCCUGUUCCAUGCCAAGACUUUCCGCCGUGGUUUCCAGGUCACGGUGCACGUGGGGAAUGUGAGGCAGACCGCCACUGUGGAGUGUCUCCUUGGAAAGGAGGAGCUGCGGACAGGAGAGAGAGCUGUAGUGUGUUUCAGAUUCUUAAAGCACCCUGAGUAUUUGCGUGUGGGAGCCAAGCUGCUCUUCAGAGAGGGGGUGACCAAAGGCAUCGGACACGUGACGCACCUCCUACCCUCCACCCAAAACUACGUGCCUGAUCAGAACCGCAACCAGAACCACAGUUAGACACAUUGGGAGUGAUACCAUGAAUCAAGAGGACAUUUGACUGCAGCUGCAGUCACUUGCCUUGAGUUUGCAUCCUCUAGUUCCAUUGUGCACCUUUCAUUUCCACUCUAUAGAUUUGCCAAUAAUUGCAGAUUUGUUUGUGUGUAAAUGCUCUCGACUCCUGUGACAUUUGGACGGUUUUGGUACAGUGAUUUACUGAUUAGAGUGUAUGUUUUCCAGGUGUAAUGGAGCAUGAAAACCUCUCCUAUUUUUGCACUAGUGCGUGUUUCACAUCUUAAGUUAAAGCUGGCUGACCUUUAGUGAAGCAUGUGGGAUUUCAAGUCACUAAGUUAGGUAUCUGGAGCAGAUUUCUGCAGGAACAACUCCUUGCCUGCAGCCUGCAUUUUAGAUAUGAGAACAUAAUAGUAGCAUUCAAGUUCAGAUCCUAGGUAGUUUUAAAUAUGUGAUGUUACCCCAGUAGAUCUGAUGACAGUGAUUUACACAGGCAGGUCAGAAGCAAGAAUCUAAGGCCCUGUCCACAGAAACGCGGGAAUUUCAAAACUGCAGCUUGUUCUAUGCGGUUUGGCCAAACGCCGCAGUAGGUCACUGAAACCAAAAUGUUUGAAAACUCCUGGCAGAGUGAAGAUUUUCAAAAACUCUGGUCGCAGUGUUAUCCUGGAGACAGGUUGAAAAACACAUAAAGUAUACUCCCAUUGAGCUCCCAUUUUGCGAUUUUACUGUUCUUUAUGAUGGUUGUUUGUCAGUGUGUAAAAUAUACAUAUUGUUGCGAAUAGUUUGGUCCUGUUGCCAGGUCAGCUGUACUACCUGAACUUCGUAGGUGGUUAAUAUUUGUCACAAAGGCGUAUGUGAACAUGAUACAUUAAGCGAUAUUGUCUAUUGUCUGCAAAAUACAGCGCAAAGCUGGCUGCAGACACAAAUGAAAACAGUUGUAACGGACAACAGUUAUUGCAUUGGAUGUUGUCAUUUUAUAGUUGUUCCAUUAUGAUCGAAAAAAAUGUUGAAAAAUGUCCUUACACAAAUUUUAGUGAACAAGAAACAAAAAUGUUAAUGGAACCUAAAACGCGCAGAUUUGAAUAUUAAUGAAUCGGAUAAUUCACAAAUAAUUUUACAAACACUUGACACUUUUAUUAUGUUUGAAUUUCAUGAAUAAACAACCACAGGCUUGUUUUUGUUCACGUAAUGUGGCAUCAUUUUGAUGCGUUAGUUGGUGCGUUGGAACAUCGCCCCCUAUCUUCAGGACAGGAAAGGAACAGAAAGGGAAUUUUUGGAGCUCUAGGGUUGUACGAACAGUCAGGCAUGAUUGGUUUUCCAGUAGCUUGAUUACAUUGUGCCUAGUUAUAGAUGCAUUCACAGAUGACUCCAAAAAAUGUUGUGCAUAUUGCACGAUUGUUUGUAAGCAAAUAUAAACAAGGUUUAGGUCAUUUCCAAUGGCUUACAGGUUUAACUGGGUUAAUAUUUUGGCAGCUUUGUGUGAUGGGCAUUUGUCUUGAGCAUGCACAGGAACCCAGCUAACCAUUGUGUCGUGUGCCCUGUUCACCCAUGAACUCCUAUUUUAGAUAUUGUGCAAUUAUAUAAACACUGAAUGUACUGAUCAUAGAUAUAAUUGUACCAUUUGAAGUUACGAAACGAAUAAUGUGAUCGCUAAUGCAUAAAAGCUUAUUUCGAUUAACAGUAUUUAACCCUGGGCGUUAAGUCUUUAAACAUGAGCAGAACGCAUUUACAAGUGUAAAUAACUUGUAAAACCUUGUUUUUACAGAAUUUUUAACGAAGAAAUUUGUUCUGCUUUUGUUUAGGCAAUGAGGCCCAAUCGCUUUCAAAACUUCAUUUGUUGGUCAACAGUGCAUGUGGUGCUUACACAAAUAAUAAUUAAUAUUGUCUGCAGUGCAUCUGGUCGGCUUUACUACAUUUGAGAUCUAUCUUCAUUUCAUGUACUUCUGAAAAAAGUCCUCAAAAGCCUAGGAACCUAGGAUCUAUUACUUUGCUAUUAGUUCCUAUGUAAUAAAGAAUUUAUGUUUUAUUGUGCAAACCCUUUGUAAUUAAUUAAAGACAAGAAAUACAAUUCUUUGUCAUGGAAAUUACAGGUUAAAACAAGGAAGGCUCUUGUAGUCACACUAUAUUUAGAUUAUUUUGAAUUGCCCCAUAUUUGGAGUUAUAAAAGAACACAAUAUGGGUUUACAUUGCACUUGUGAUGGAAGUCUAUAGGGCAAGUAUCAGCAGAAAUGUUAAGUAUUUUUUGUAUAAAGCAUUUUGCCUGUAGGUUACCUGGUUUGGUCUCGGUUCUAUACUUUUGAAACGGUAUAUUUUAAAUGUUAAGCUUAUUCCAGUGCAAUGCCUUGCUGCGUAGACUUCGAUCGCAAAAGUAUUACCAUAAAUGUUUUUUUUUUUUUUUUUUAC